CACAGCGUGGUCGGGUCGCACAAUAAUACACUCAUGCCAGCCCACAUCACAUGCCCAUCCUCGCUCUCACUCAUCUCAUCUAUCCAUCGCUCAGACCACCGCCCUCGGGCUCUUCUUGCGGCUGCUGCUGCUGCUGCUGCUCCAUGCUGCUGUUGUUCUUGCUGCCAUGCUGAUCGUAGUUGCACCCAUGUUCUUCCUUCUGCGCGUCGGUAAGGAUGCUGGCCGUGUUGGGCACCAGAAACAGAAAAAAGAGCGGCAGCAAUGUGGAGGCGGCCUUGACUAUGAUCAGUGACGGCAGCAGAGGCCGGUAGUUGUCGGCAGUGAUGCCCCAGGCGGCCUGCACGGCCGCACCUAAAUGGCGGGAACACGAAUUGGCCAGAUUGUUCCACGACAUCAGACCUAUACACACACACACACACAGAGUUGUGUGUGCAUGUGUGGGAGGGGGGGGGGGUGUCUGUCUCACAGACGUACAGGCGAACAUGAGCGCCUCGACGCCGGGCGGGCAGAGCUGCGCGCACAUGACAUGGAACGGCGUGCUGUAGAUGCGGUCGAUAAACGUCGUAAAGCCGUCAGAGCCAUACAAGAAGAGCCAAUCCGGGAUGCCCCACUUGACAUUCAGCCGAGAAGCCUACAACACAACACACCACACCCACCCAUGGAUGACACACAUGCACAUACAACACACGCAAGUAUGGCCAAUGGUGCACUCCCUCACCUACCUGAAUGUAGUCGGGCAGUAUGAGCAGCGUCAUGACGAUGGUCGUGACGCCCCACAGCUUCCGGAAGGUCACCCGUGUAAAGAACCGCGCGUACACGACUGUCCCCGCCAUGAAGAAGAGGUAGUUGACCGCGCCGGCGUACUGAAUCUCGCCCUCAGAGAAACUGACGGCACCAUCCAUCAACAGGCGUGCAUUGCUGCAGACAUGAACGUGUUCAUAUCCCGACGGCGUACCCGAUGGACCGACGCAUCCACGAGUUGGGUGUGACCAGGGAGAAGGAGCAGAGGUGCUGCAUGAAAUACCUGCCGGACACAGUCACCACACAGGCUCCGUGGCUGUGUGUGUAUGUGUGGCUCAGCUCAGUUCUGUGUGGGGUACCAUACCAGAGCAUCGGUCGGUAGCAGAUGGGCUUGGCCACCGUCCGAAGCACCUGAGAUAUGUUGGAACAAAUCUCCCUGACCACCUGCACCCACCCACACAAGCGCCGCCCAUCACGCCAUGGCACACGUGUGGCCUUGUGCAGGUGCAUACACUUCGGUCGAGUCUCUUUUGUGUGGGGCGCUCUCUGUAGGCCAGCAUGAGAAUGAGAGCCAGCGAUUGCGCGACGGCCAGAGCAGCCAUGUAGGCGCGAUGCAGACCAGCGUCGAACAACGUCCCUACACACACACACACACACACACAUAUCCACACACACAUGGCGCCAUGAUGUCAUGUCGGCAGGUGUGCCCACCCACCCACAUGUGUACCAGAGAUGAAGGCCGACAUCAUGGCGCCGAGUGCGAUGCAAAACAUGGCGAUCGACUGCAUCUCGCUCGACCCGCUGCCCUUGGCACGCGCCUCUCGCACCACCAACGCAUCCGCCAACACAUCCAUGAAGUUCUCACCUAUACACACACACAUCCAUCCAUCCAUCCAUCCAUCCAUCCCUGUCUGCCUUUCUGCUGUCUGCCGUGUGCCGACAAACAUACCAACAUUCAUCGUGACGAGCACAUAGAACAUGGUCGUCCAUGUGGGCGUGACAUCCGACAGGGCCACAGAGGCCAGACAGAGCACCACCAGCAGGGCACUCGCCAUGUAAUACGGCUUGAUGUGGCGGCCACACACAGGGACGGAGUCGGCCAGCAGACCUGCCGUGCGACCGACACGACAACACACAACAAACAACACAACACAACACCUGCACCACGCGCAGCGCUGCCAUUCAUCUCUUUACCGUAAAAUGCUUUGAAGACUGCAGGGACGAGCAAGGUGCCGAUGGCGGCUUCGACAACUGCCGGGUUGGCCCCCUGACGCAUCGCCGUCCAGAACAUCACCUUCUCGGUCGAUGUCAGCCGGAAACCUACACCCAUCCACACCACACAUCCACACCAACAUACAUAAAUACAGACAGACAGACAGACAGACAGACGUGCGGACAAACGCCUGCCUGCCUGCCUGCCUGCCUGUGUGUGUGUGUGUGGCGCCAGGUGGCUUGACUGACUGACCUUGCAGUCCAUAGGUCCAGACGAUGAGCAAGAGAAAGACCGAAGAGUAGCUGGUUUUGGAGCCGAACACCACCCUCACCAGCCAGUUCAGAGGACCCCCCGCACAGCACUGACCCUCCUCUCCACGUGCGGACGUCGACGUCGACUGGGUCGCCUCAUCGGAUGCGAUCUCAUCUCGUGUUGCGAUCUCUAUGGCCCUCUCCUCUCCUCCCUGUGCACAUCACAUAAUGGAUGGACGAAUCAAAUCAAUGCAGCUGGCCGUGAUGAGCGGAAGGGACUGUUGACUCGCUCACCUGUGGCUCGUCCUCCCAUGGCUGUUGGUGCCUGAUCCGAGUCGGCGUUGGAUGGCGGUGAGGGAUCUGCAUGCGACGCGGGUUCAGCGCUCAGAGAUC